CAGCACGCAGACAUAUUGUAACGUUCCCAUGAUCAGCAUUCAUUGUAUAGGAUGACUCAGCAUAUAUAUAUGCCUCAGGCAUGAAUUCCCGCAAGUUGACCCGUAGCUUCAGCUUCAUCCGAAGGCCCCAGACUGGUCUCCAGCGUCCAACCGUCUUGCCACCAAUCAUUCCCCCUAGGGAGCAAUCCAGAUAUUCUUGCCUAUCACAAUGGAUGUGGCAUCUAGGCAGUCAUCAAGACUGCUUCGGUCCUCCCCGAACGCCAUCACGUCCCGUUUACUCCAGAACCCUCGGCUUCCUAUCUCCGCACUCACAGCUACGAACAGCCUGAAUAGCGUUCGGCGACGAAAUGUUUCUUCUUCGCCCCGGCGUCUCGCACCCGAAUCUCUGCUGAACUUUGGGGCUGGAUCGCAACCUGGGGGACCCCCUACCUACUUCUCCAAUCGCUCGGCGCUCCCCAUGAACACGGUUAUUCGAUUCGUCCCUCAACAGACAGCAUGGAUUGUGGAGCGGAUGGGAAAGUUUCACCGUAUCUUGGAGCCCGGUCUUGCGAUUCUGAUUCCAUUCAUUGACCGGAUUGCCUAUGUCAAGAGCUUGAAGGAAUCGGCCAUCGAGAUCCCGAGUCAGAAUGCUAUUACCGCGGAUAACGUCACACUGGAGCUGGAUGGUGUGCUGUAUACGAGAGUGUUCGAUGCGUAUAAGGCGAGCUACGGUGUGGAGGAUGCGGAGUAUGCCAUCUCCCAACUUGCACAGACGACUAUGCGCUCGGAGAUCGGCCAGCUUACACUUGACCACGUGCUGAAGGAGCGCGCGACGUUAAAUACCAACAUCACCCAGGCUAUCAACGAGGCGGCACAAGACUGGGGAGUUGUUUGUCUUCGUUAUGAAAUUCGAGAUAUCCAUGCACCGGAGGGCGUUGUCGCUGCCAUGCAUCGCCAGGUCACGGCUGAGCGGUCGAAGCGGGCGGAGAUUCUCGACUCCGAGGGUCAACGGCAGAGUGCGAUCAACAUCGCUGAGGGUCGGAAGCAGUCCGUUAUCCUGGCUUCGGAAGCUAUGCGGCAAGAGCAGAUUAACCGUGCCGCUGGUGAGGCUGAAGCGAUCUUGCUGAAGGCACAGGCUACCGCAAAGGGGAUCGAUGCUGUUGCUCAGUCUAUCGCGGCUGAUAAGGAGAAUGCCAAUGGAGCUCUUAGCCUGCGUGUGGCAGAGAAGUAUGUCGAUGCUUUCUCCAACCUGGCUAAGGAGGGCACUGCGGUUGUCGUUCCCGGAAACGUUGGGGAUAUGAGUGGAAUGGUUGCGAGCGCCAUGGCUAUCUACAAGAAGGUCAACGAGGGCCAGGCGCACACCGUUGCGGCGAAGACCCUGGGAGUCGAACCCAUUCAAGACCACACCUCAGACAAAGCGUCUGAACUGGACCAUGAAGUAAAACCGGAAGUUGAAGAGAACGCCCAUGAAAAUGUCGCAGAGGAGGUGCUGGAUGGCUUCAAUGAGGCUAGCCAGCAGAAGAGAUAAUUUGGAAUGAUGGACUGUACUAUUUCCUCUACAGGCUCAACGUCUUCUUUGACCUCUUUCUUAUCCACCGCUACCUCUAGUCCCCUUUACGAUUGCUUUCGGAUGUGUACGAAAUACCUAUCCCUGCCACACUGUACCUUUAUUAUCGCCCCUCAGUCAUUUGUUUUCCAUUGCCCGACAUUUCUUUAGGAUGUGCUUGAAACAAGCGCCUUGGGAAAAAGCUUGUGGUCAUUGCCCGUUUAGCGUAUUGCCUAGUUAUUUGAGGAGAGUGUGAUCUCUAUUCAAACGAAGUAUCAUGUAUAGUAGACAAGUGGGUUGAGA